AUAACUUUUCUAUGUCGGUGAAUGGAAUGGAAUUCUGUCCCCAGUUGGCAAAAAUAUUCGCAAGCCGCCACUGAGAAAAUCAUUUGCAUUCUUCGUCUGGUCUGUCGUUCUGUUGCUUAUUUUUUUUAUCGACCAUUCUGUCUCGUCUUUUAAUUCGUAUCGUUUGGAACGCUUUUAAAAUUCCUUUGGAGAAAUAAUUGUUCGCGGGUUUUUAAGUCCUUAUAAUAUUAUUUCCGUAUUUUAUGUCCGCAGGGGUUUUGUUUCGUUCGUUUAAACAUUAUGUCCAGUAUUGUUUGUUUAAUAAACCAACUAUGUGCUGAAUUGCGUUCCGAGAAAGUGACUACACGUAAUAAAGCUGCCGAACAAUUGGAGAAUCAUCUGGGCUCCUCCAAAAAUGAACUCUUCGCCAAACUGCCAAAACGGGAUGAGACCAAUGUUUCUUGGACUACAAUAUUCAAUAGUGUUGUUGAUGCCACCAUCAAACAUGCAAUUAAGGUGGACGAAUCCAAGGACACAAAGAGCCAGGCGCCAUUGCUUAAUAAGAACUAUCUCUACAGUUCCAUUGUCAACAAGUUAAUUAACUACAACCUGGAAGAUCCUGAGCAUUUGUUUAACAAGGCCACACUGUUCAAUGGAUUUCAAGAAGGUUUCAAGAGUCGUGUUGCAGUACUCUAUUUCAAUGACAUUUUCCUAUGCAUCUUGAAUCAGGGAUUAUUUAAGUCUGCUGUCUACAUUAGAGACAUGAAGGUCAAUGAAUUCAGUCUCAUACUUUCGUACCUUUUUGAAACCAACAAAGGUACUGACGACCUAUUUCGCUUUGCAUCCCUAAAAGCCAUAACAAAAACAAUUGAACUAUCCCAUGAAUAUGUCCAAAUGAGUGCAGAUGUUAUUGCCUAUUUUCCAGAAAUCCAUGAGUUUGCGAACAGAGCCAUAAAAGAUGGUCAAAAGUCCGAAGUCAUCAAAUUGUAUUUUCUAAUGAUUUCUCAGCAUUCUGUUGACUAUCACAAUAUUAUAUGUACCGAUUUCCAAGUUGUUUUGCCCAUUAUUAUUGGAUUUUAUCAAUACAAUAUGAAGGCUGAGACAAAGGAAUUACUUUUUAAAUCUAUACUGAUAUCACUGCAAGCCUUAUAUCCUUAUAUACAUCAGGGUGAUACCAACACCAUUAACAUUACCCUCCACAAUACAUGGACGAAGACGAUAAGAAAACUUAAGACAUUAAUCGAAAUUGAAAUAAAGGAACGUAAAAGUAGUCACUAUCAGUUAAGUCGUUCUCAGCACAGUGAUAAAAGUCUGGAGGUCUUUGUAAAAAUGUCUGCCCUAGUAAUGUAUUUGUUUUUGUGGCACUUUGAUAACAACACCAAUGAUGGAAAUUCUGAUAAGGAUUCAUCCGAACAAAAAUCCAAAAUAUCAAGGCCCGCAGACAAGAUUGAAAUUUUAUUGGAUUUAGUACAGCCCCAAAAACUGAAAUAUAAUGAUAUUUGGUUAGCAAUAUUGGCAGAACUUGUUACUGCAGUCGAUACCAUUGUAAAUGUGGCAAAUUAUCAGCAAUUGCUGAAAUUAACAUUAAACAUUCUAGAGGAUUAUUCUAAUGGAAGAAAUAUGCAAUGCAUUCGUCUGUUGCUAACUAAACUGUUAGUCAAAGAAAAGGAAUUUGUGGCCACAAAAUCUAUUCCCGAUAAUUAUUGCCACGAAGAAUGGCUGCAAAUAAAAAAGACUCUAAUAAAUGAUACAUCGUCGUGUUCAGAUGUCAUUGCUGAAAAACAAAAGCUUUUACAGAAACUUAUUUUGCAUCGAAAAUUGUCCGUCGAUUGUUGUACAACCCUUAUUAAUUCCUUUAUAACGAAUGCUGCUUUGAGGAGAACCGAAUGUGUACAAACAUUAAAAGAAAUUUUCAAAAAUGCCGACCAUAUUGGUUUGGACAAAACAUCUAAUCUUGUUGGUCAGUGUAUUUCAUGGCUAUAUGGUGAUAAGGAUAGAAAUGAAGCCAAGAGCAUACUACUGCAUAUAGAACCAAUAAAACCGCAAUUAAUAGCCGAUACAUGUGCCAUAGCUGUCAUAAAUUUUCUCAGUGAAGCAUCACUAAAUGCAAAGUUCACUGCCGAAGACUCUAUUUUAAAUGAUAACUUACAAAAUCUACAAUUUAAAUAUAUACGAAAAUUUUUAUGUCUAGAAUGUCAUGCCAAAGCUUUACAAUUACAUGAGCAAACGACAAAUUUAAAGACUUUACAAUCACCAGCGAAUUGUCUAUUCCAAUGCAAUUAUGAACUGCUAAUGCGUACUGUGAACUUUGAAACAACUCAGGGAACAAGCUGUAAGGAUAUCCUAGAAGAUUUAACAUCAUUACAGAAAAUAUCGAUGCUUAUGAAAUCGCUUUUGGAGCAUGGUGUCUUUGACGACAACUCGUUUAUGCAAUGUCCACUUAUCAAGCGUAUUGGUUUCUUUUUGAGUCACUUGGAGCUACAAUUCAAAAAUAACUCCUCAACAGCAAUAGAACGUUCGACACUGAGUGAAAUCCUCAAUCUAUUGGAAUAUAUUAUUAAAUGUUUUACCAGCAAUGUUACUCUCUUGCAGUAUUUGGAGAAACAGCCGAUUGAGGAAAUGAUUCAAUUUUUGGGUACAUCUUUGAAAAUUUGUGCAAAAAAUUCAACCACACAAACGGAAUUCGAUGACUGGACUUCAAUAGCUGACAAAAUUCUAUGUUUGUUGGCAAAUUUGUGUGCCAGCUCAAGCCAUUGGAAGGAGGCUUUUGAAUAUGUGGCGAAAUACAAUUUUAAUACAAAAACUCAAACCGCAAUCAUUUUGCAAUUGACAAAGAUAUUCUGUAGGCAGAAGUCUCGUUAUGUCAACAUUGGAUCAUGGUUUGUUAACAAAUUGAAAACAACAUUUAAAUUGUAUUACUCCAAUAUCGAAAUAAUGAAUUCAAUUUUGGAAAUUAUACCAGAUAUUUUUGUUUAUAUACAACUCUAUGAAGACUCUCUGGACGAUAUGCUGUUGGCCAUGUAUUCCCUAUUCAAAAUCGCCUUUAGAAAAUCAUACUCCACAAAAAUGACUGCCAAAAUCAUCACCAGUAUUUGUUACAUUGCUCGUGAUUGUCGUAAUAUCUAUGUUCAGGAUAAUUUUCGAAAUCUCUGUUUUUCCAUUGUAAAUUUUCUACCAUUUCCAUCGUUGGAUAUACAAUAUGCUGCGAUUAAUACCAUCACUGCCUUAAUGGAUAUUAACUGGUUGAAAAAUACAAAAUGUGAUAUAGAUUUAUAUUAUGAUUUCUGUGAUAAUAUCUAUGAGUUGAUUAAAUGGAAGAAGUUACAAGUGGCACCAACACAAGCGGAAAGUGCCGAUCAGUUGCAAAAUGCCAAGUCAUUAAAUGUCCAAUUGUUGGUGGGCAUUUUGGCAUUUAGUUGUUAUCAUCGUAGCAAUGCUUUGCAAGAGUUGUCACAUGUCUGUGCAUUUUACAAAUUUACAGAAGCUGAUUUCAUAGAGUAUCAUCGCAUUGCUUCGUUCUACAAAACAUCGACCACUGAGCUACUAAAAACAAACAUUCCGAGUGCCAUACAUACAUGGAUAUCAAAAUCAUUUCCUAUAUUAAAAUUUCCUUUUUAUCUCUGCUAUAAAACCAAAAACGAUUUUCUCAGUGAUAAUAUUGAUUUAAUUACCACCUGUCUUUUGCUCUACAACAAGUCGGAUGAAAUCAAGAAUUUGGAACAAUUUGGAGACAUGCUGGAGCUAUUAAAGAUGGCUACGCCAAUUAUAAACUUCUUCAUCUUGGUUGCUCAAUGUCCUGCCAAUGAAAACAAUGAGCUUAAGAAAUAUGUACAAAAUAUGUUGAAAUUAAAACUAGAUUUUAGUAAAACAAAAAGUGAUAACAAUACCUGGAAAGUAGUGUAUGCCUUGUUCGAUGCUUUGCAUGAUGAUGGCGAUUCAAAGCUAUUGGCAGGGUUUCCAAUGUUUUUGCAAACACCAAAAUGGUACAACAUCAACAACAAAUGUCUCAGAUCGGCUUUAAAUGUUUACAUUAAUAGCAACCCAGGAGAGGUUAAACCCGAACUUCUUUUGAAUUACAUAAGCAAACACUCUCUGCGUUUGGUGAAAACAUUUGGUGCCCUCAAAAGGAAUUGCAGCCAAUGCAUUUAUCCCAUGGAUUCUUUGAAACAAUUUUAUAAAUUUUACAAACUAUCCGAUAUGGUUUUGGACACUCUUGCUGUACGAUCGGCAGCGCUGCCUCAACAUUUAUGUUUUUAUUUUCUACAUGACAUUAUCUAUUAUUGUCUGCAUUGUAUUGAAACAGCAGCGGAUACAACACAGAGUCUUAGAAAAGUGGCCUUAACCGGUUUGGAAAAACUAACCACAAAAAUAAUCGAUAUUGAAGAUAUCAAUUCGUUUAUGCAGAAGCAUUUAAGUUUUAUUUGCAAGUCUCUGGUCUACACUCACAAACGCAGCAAUAGCAUUGAUGAGCAAACCAAAAUUACAUCCAUAUGUGAACAUUUGAUAAGCAACUAUAAAAAGGCAAUAUCGGAUAAACAUUAUAUGCUGAAUAUAUUUGCAAACAAUGAGAACUUCAACAAUGUUAAUAAAUUAUUGGAGACCUUAAGUGAAAAUAUAUCAGAUGAUGACAAUGCCGAUUGUUGGAAAAAAUAUUUGGAUAUAUUUAUGGAGAAUACCAAUUAUACGCUGGAUUCAUUUAAAUUUUUACAACAACAUAUUGCAGCCAACAAACACAUUGUCCAAGCUGACAAAAAUGUAUUGUAUCGAUUAAUUCGUCAUCUGCUGCAAUUUUUACGCCAAAGUGAAGAUGAAGCUUUAAAUUUGGAAGUCUUGAAAUGUUUGGGGGAGAUUGGACCAUUAAAUCUUUAUCAAAUGUCUUACUAUUUUGAAGUGGAAAAUUCAAUAGAUGAGGAUACUAACAGUGCCAAACAAAUCGAAAAUUUUUAUAAUAACAUAUACUUAAUUCUGGAACAUCUAUUGAACAAGUUUAAUCCAAAUACACAUUUAUAUGUCAUUGAUGUGGCGCAAUAUCUGGUGAAUUCAAAAUAUGGACAAGAUUUAAUGGAAAAAUUCCCAACGUUUAUGGUAUUUCGAGCAAAUGUUACCCAAAAUUAUAUGGAUCUUUAUGAGAGUAUAACACCUGCAAAUUGGUGUGACACCCUUAAGUCAUGCGAACACAUGGAUUAUGACAAUUUUAUACGGCAAUUUGUUGCAAAAAUCUAUGACCAUUGUUGUUGGCUACAAUUUCGUGAUUUAUCAAAAAAUGAUCUGUAUUUUGCUGAACAUUCCAUAACACCCUUUAUUAAGCUACUUUUACAUUGUGAAGAGGGAGAGAAUCACAAGACUGGCAUUAUGACCAUGUUGGAGUAUUUCUUCGAAACAUUUCAGCAGCAGCACAAAACCGAUUUCGUUGGCUGCGAAAACAAAAUGAUUUACAAAGAGAAACGUAUUGUGAAUUUGAUACUAAAUAUAUGUGAAUGUAUUCGCAUCAAUAAUUCGUGGGAUUUACCUUUAAAUCUUUUGAAUGUUGUGGAGGCUUGUAAUUACUGUCAAGCUUACUUCUUGUCCAUAAUCUAUUUGGAAAUGUGGGCAUUGGGUCAAAUUUCCUUGGGUGAUAAGACAAAUGUUGAGAUACUUUCCAAUGAGUCGUUUCAAAGACUUGCCCGAAAGGCCUAUGAUGCGAUUGGUUGCAAUGAUGCAAUUUCUGGAUUUAUUAAUCCCUUAACUUCACGCAUGGAUUAUUUGAAUUUAACAAAUAAUUGGCCAGAUAUAUUGAUCGAGACAACGGAUACAUCAGAUAUGUGUAAUGAGGUGCUCAAACGAAAUGGUAUGCUUAAUCUUGCCUGUUCCUCGGCGGAUAAUCGAAAACAAAAUGUCGAUUAUGAAAUCUGUUGGCGUUUGUGUCGUUGGGAUACUGUCGUUGAAGGCCAUUCUAAAGUCAAUACCCUGAAUGAUAUGGAAUAUGAAUUUGAAAAACAUCAUUUCAAUGCCUUAAAGUGUCUCAACAAUAAGGAGGAGAAUAACACCUUGGCUGCCAUUGAGAAAUCGCGUCAUUGUGUUUUGAAUAUCCUCAAGGAGAUUAGUGUGGAAUGUUUGCAAAGUGUUUACAAGUAUUUGACUUGGCUACAAUUGUUGCAACAAUGCGAAGAUUUUUGUUUGAUUCAAUUUUCCAAAUCAACGGAUGUUGAUCAUAUAUUCAAAAAAUGGCAAUUGGAAACAAAUGAUUUGGAAUAUGGUCUAUUUUCCAGCAAGGAAUUGAUAUUGUCUCAUCAGAUAUCUCUAUUUCAAACGGCUGGCAUCAGGGCGAGUAGAAAGAUUAAAGAAUUUUAUAAGGAUGACCCCGUCGAGAAGUGCCUGCUAAAAUGCAUAAGAGAUUGUAAAGCAGCUGGAGAAAUAAAUCUUGCCAAACGUUAUGUGGCCAUACUCAAUAACAUGUGUAGCAACAGUAGUGCUUCGUUGAAGAUUAGCGCCUUACUCGAAGACGUGGAUAUAUGCAUGAAAACGGGUAAAUCGGAUAUGGUUAAAUCCAUUUUGCAUCACAUAUUCAAAAAUCGUGAAUUCCAAUAUUGCCUGCAACGUGUAAAAGCAAUGCAACUAAAUGGCCAGUAUUUGAUGGACACCAAUGCCGAGACUUUUGAAAAUGUUUUGAGAAAGUACUUUAUGGGCUCGCUGGAUGUUUUGGGAAAAUAUAGUCAGUCUAAGGAUGUGAUUUUACAAAAGUUUCCCAAUUUAUUUACCUUAGAAGAAUUUGAAGUGUGCCAGGCGGAAAGUAAAAAAAGUGCCUACGAAAUCAUUGCCAAAUAUGCGGAUAGGGAAUAUGUACAGUUAAACAAUUAUGCCAAUUCCGAUCAAUUUGCAAUUAAACGCCAAACAAUGAAACUAAACCGGGAAGCAGUUUCCACCAUUAACCCCCGUUCGAUGGAUCACGAUAAACGUGUUGCGGCAAGUUUCAUGAAGAAAACUUCCCACAUGGACGAACAGGAAAUUGCUCAAAUUGAGAAUAAAGUCACCUCAAAUUUGUGCACAGCUGUGGAAAAUUAUAUGAAAUUUUCCUGUUUGGACAAUGCCAUAUCAAGUCCGGUUAUUUAUCGCAUUAUCGGUUUGUGGUUUGCCAAUAAACAAAAUGACACGCUACGUGCCACAAUACAAGAACACAUCGAUGCUGUACCCAGUUAUAAAUUUAUAUGUGCCCUCAAUCAGAUGACAGCUCGUUUGAAUUCCAAACAUGAUGAAUUCAUCAAAAUUCUUAAGAAUAUUAUGAUUCGUUGUGUCCAGGAGCAUCCACAUCAUACCCUAUAUCAAUUGUAUCCCAUUGUGUACGGGUACAUGGAUGGCACACAAAACAAAGCCGAUUAUCGUUCGAAACUUGCUCAGGAGAUUAUUGCCAAAGCCAAGUCGAAAAUAAACGCGAAUACGAUUAAGCAAUUGGAGAGCGUCAUACCGGCCCUAAUUGAAUUUGCCAAUACCGAAAUAAAGGACAACAAAGAGCCAUCAAUUUCUCUAAGUGAGAAACUAAGGCGAAUGAAAAGUCUCGAUGCCAUACAUUGUCCAACAAUUGAUUUGCCUGUCAGAAUCGAUAGGAAUUAUACAAUCAAAGGCAUUGUCAAAUGGGAAUCUCAAGUUGGUUUGGUUGGCGGUAUAAAUGCUCCCAAAAAGUUGUCUUGUCUCUGUUCCGAUGGUAUUAAACGACCACAAUUGUUGAAGGGCAAGGAUGAUUUGCGCCAAGACGCUGUGAUGCAACAAGUAUUUUGUAUGAUUAAUAAUCUGCUGCAACAAGAACCAAAAGCUGUACAGCGUAAGCUUCUAAUUCGCACCUACAAAGUGAUACCGCUCUCAACGCGCAGCGGUUUAUUGGAAUGGUGUCAAAACACCGUACCAAUUGGUAUGUAUUUGACGCAAGCUCAUCAAAAAUAUCGUCCAAAGGAUUACACUGUUAUGAAUUGUCGAAAAUUAGCUCAUGCACAUUUAAAAUCGAAUCCUGAAAAACGUCACGAAACCUACAUUAAUAUUACGAAGCAUAUCCAACCGGUGUUUCAUUAUUUUUUCUAUGAGAAAUUUUUGAAACCCGGAAUAUGGUUCGAACGUCGUCUGGCUUAUAUAAAUAGUGUGGCCACAACAUCUAUGGUUGGUUACAUCUUGGGCCUGGGUGAUCGUCACACACAAAAUAUAUUAAUCGAUCAAAAUUCGGCCGAAGUUAUACACAUUGACUUUGGCAUUGCCUUUGAGCAGGGUAAGAUUAUGCCCACUCCGGAGACUGUACCCUUUCGUUUAACCAGAGAUAUGUUGGCGCCCAUGGGUAUUUGUGGUCCCAAUGGUGUUUUCAAAAAAUCCUGCGAAACCACAAUGGAGAUUUUGCGGAGACAUCAAGAUGUUAUAACUACAAUAUUGGAAGUUUUGCUCUAUGAUCCCUUGUAUAUAUGGAAUGUUGUGCCACAGAUCAAUGAUAAUGACAACAACAAUACAACUGAAGAGAAAAAUCACAUAGCUCAACGUGCCUUAAUUGUUGUCCAAAACAAAUUGGAAGGCAAACAAAAUGGUAUAUUUGGAACAUCCAGUGUACCGGUACAGGUUGAACGUUUAAUUAACGAUGCCAUUAAUACUCGUAAUCUUUGUAUGUUGUUUUCGGGCUGGGACCCGUAUUUGUAAAGAAUUUUGUUUUUUAUAUUUUUAAUUGUUUUUAUAUUAUAUGUUUUAUGUAACUACUAUGUGUGUGUGAAAAUAUAUACUAUUUAAUCUGCAAAAA